AUGGAGGAGGGGGAGCUCAUGGGAGAUAAAGAUGAUCAGCCUGGUGGGAACCCUCCUUGGUUGCAGGAACUGAAGCUGUUUCCUGGGCCAACUUCUCUGGACCCGCACAUCUUGGGCUCCUUCCCAGACAUGUGGCUCACUGAAGGAAAAGAAGGAAACAACAUCUGUGCGGUUAUAAUCAACCACUUUCAACAUCCUGCAGAGGACCAAGGCCUGGCCCAAGCAGGGAGCCUGGAGCCAGAGGGAAUGGACCCUGAGAGCUGCAGACCCCCACCCCAGGAGUUGGUGACCUUCAAAGAUGUGGCUGUGGACUUCACCCCUGAGGAGUGGGAUCUGUUGGACCCGGAUCAGAAAGAGCUGCACAAGGAGGUCAUGCUGGAGAAUGCUGAGAACUUGCUCUUCCUGGGUCUCUCUACCUUUGAUGACAAUUCUCUCCAAGAUACCUCUAUUAUGGAAUCUAAAGACAUUAUCCUGAGUGUUGCCUUCUUCUUCCAGACAGGAACUGGGAUUCUAGGGAAUUCCUUCCUUAUUUGUCUCUUCAUUCUUGUCUUUCUCAAAGGACAUAGGAUGAGACAUAUAGAUAUUAUUAUCACCCAACUGACCUUGGUCAACUGCUUGAUUCUUCUGUCAAAGGGCAUCCCCCAGACAAUGACAGCUUUGGGUCUGAUGAAUUUCUUCAAUCAAAUUGGUUGUAAAAUUGUUUUUUACCUUCACAGAGUAGCUCGAGACCUUUCCCUCAGCAUGACUUGCCUCCUGAGUGGCUUUCAGGCCAUCACCAUCAGCCCCAGCAACUCCAAGUGGGCAGAUCUUAAGGCCAGAGCUCCAAAGUACCUCAUUCCCUCUAGUCUCUGCUGUUGGACUUUUCACUUGUUUUUUUGCAGCUACAUUCCUUGGGGAAUGAAGGGACCAAAACACACCAGAAACAACACUCAGAUUCAACAUAAUGGAUACUGUUCUCACAACAUUCCUUCUGGAUUUCAAGCCUCUUUAUUUGCAGCUAUUCUCUCCUUUCCUGAUGCUAUUUUUUUGGGACUCAUGAUCUCUGCCAAUGGCUACAUGCUGUUUUUAUUGUACAGACAUCACAAGCAAAUCCAGCAAGUUUACCUUACCUGCCUGUCCCCCAGAGUCUCCCCUGAGAAUAGGGCCACCAAAAGUAUCCUGAUGCUAGUGAGCACCUUUAUUUCCUCCUACUCUCUCAACUGCAUCCUGACAGCAUAUAUGUCACUUAUAAAGUCCCCACCCUGGUUAGUGAAUACUUCUGCUUUUCUGGCUGCAUGUUUCCCAACUGUGAGCCCUUAUGUGCUGAUCAGCAGUGACUCACAAGUGACCAGGUACUGCUCUGCUCUUUGUGGGAAGAAACCCUCCAUUUGGUCCUGGAUAAUAGAAUAA